UGGUUUUUCUUUGCAACCGGGGACGUCAUCAUCACGCGACAUAUGUGUUUCUGCUCUCCUAACUAGCAACUCGUCGAACAGUUCUUCAAACACAGUCGGUAACUGCAGUUUUUGAGCAUCAAUGACGUCCUCCACUCGCAGCAUUGUAUUGUCACUGUACACGCGUGUGUUUCGCAUCGCCCGAAGCUGGCAGGCACAGAGUGGAGUUGCAAGUGACACAGAGAGGGAGAGACAAUACAUACUGCAGGAGGCCUGCACUCUGUUCAGACAGAACCAGCAGCUCACAGAUCCAGAAUCAAUAAAUAGGUGUAUAGAAGAAUGUGAAGCAAGGAUAGAAAUAGGUCUACAUUACAGGAACCCAUAUCCAAGGGCUACGUACCUACCACCAAUGGGACUGGCAACUCAGAAAGGCAGGAAGAUGCGAGCGCAACAGCGCUGGAGAAAGCAGGCCAAGCCAAUAUACUUACAGUCACAUGACGACACCUGAUGCUCGAUAACCUCGCUCCUCGCCAAGAGUUCAAGUUACCACAGGCAGGAAACUAGAGUGCAGUCACAAGCUGAUCUCAUGUGCUGAGUUGUUGCAAGCGCUCAGUGAUGCAAGAACACCUGUCAAUUAGGAACAAGUCAUUUUCCGUUUUUCAUUUUCUGACUGUAAACUGCAGCAGUGUAGCUCAGGAAGGCAGUCAGCAUGGACUGACCUGUAAUAUAAGAUCAAGUUGUAUAUUUUAUUUAUUUUUAUGUGUAAAAACUGUGAUAUCUACUUUACAUCCUUUCACACCUGCUAAGACACAAAUAAAGUUGUAAUUAAAUCUUUUAUUUUAAUAAUACUUAGGUGUGUUGACAUGCAGAAUUCAUGUAGUAUCUAGGUAAGAUAUUACACUCAGCAGUGACCAUCUUCUCUUUUCCAGCAUGCACCUGUUUAGGAACUACCACCUAGUAGUUGCCCCAUUCCCUUAGCUUUUCCAUAUUGGUAGUCCAUUUAUUCAUGAAGAAAAUAUAAAAUAAACUCCAGGAUUGUUGGCAACAGCACAGAGGAAGCUGGAGAUACAAGUCAUUUUUCACUCAUCUAAAAUUCAUUGUAGUGUAUGCAUAUGGUGUACUUCCUUUUGAAUUUCUGAUAAACUAAAGAGGAAGGACUGGGUGAGGUAGACAAAAAGGCCAAUUAUAGUACAGUGCAUUUCCAUGAUAACAGACAUCCAAGCGCGUGCAAUAAUGACAACAUGAGAAGGAAUUUACAAAGAGCUUUCCGGGAAAGCUUUAAAACAGGAACAGAGAGGGCAUGAAAAACAGAAAUAAA